AUGUCUUUCGGCAGUGUAAAUGUGCAUGCAGAGUUACUGCACUUUAUUGCACAGAAGGAGUCAAAAUGCUUGGAACUGCGGACGCAAUUGAGUGCCCAUGAAGCUGAAUUGUUACAAUUAAAGAGAAAAUGGGAACGAAUUGUUUUCCGUGGUUUUGAAAAAUCCCAAGCCAACGGAGAACGAAGAUUACCAUCGUCUACGUCUCCUUCCCCAGAUUCGAUACCUAUAACAAACACCACACAUCCACCUUCGGCAUCCAUCUACUCUGCCGCGUCUCUUUCCUACCUCGACAGUCUUAGCACGCAAGCCCAGGGUGCAGGAAGUGCAGCUAUGCUUGAAGCUCUCGGAGGAAUGAAAGGAAUACGUGAAAGUGUCCAGCAAGGUGUUGGACGUUUCCUUGGUGCCGUUGCAGGUACAAAUGAUCCCUCGUACACGACCUCUCAUCGUAGAUCCCUCACGCAUACGCCGUCACAGAGUUCAUCAUCAGCAUCUACUUAUGCCACGUCUAGCACGCGAUUCUCCCAGUCUUCACAAAGUUCAUUCGGUGACAUCGUACCGACUUCUAUUUCAGAAGAGGACGGGGACUUGAUGUCAGAUAGUAAUAUUGACGUGACCUCGAUGAAGAGGGCAAGGAAGCAUCGACCGACUCAUAUUGGGAUUGUGUCAGAUACGGGUGCUACCCCGCUCGUGUCUCCGACGCGUGAUUUCGCGUUAGAAAGUCCACCACGUACUGCGACGCCCUCAACCAGAGCUGUGCAUGGAGGAGGGAACAUGCGUUCGAGACGCAAAUCUCGCACGUUCUCGUCCGAAUCGCCUACUGAGGUCACUGGGACUUCUGCCUCCGAGGAAACAAAUCGGUGCGCAGACUCGGACACGAAUACAUCUGAGUCCCUUUCGUCUUCGUUGGUCGAUUGGGGAAUGGGGUUAUCAUCUCCUCCGCCUAUGGACUCUCCAGUACCUGGGCAGGGUAGCGGCAAGAGAAAUCUGAAUAAGCGGAUGUCGUUACCAGCGCGUGCAUUGAGCUCUGGUUCGGGUGCUGAUUCGUGGAUGGGAAGUAUGGUGGGGAAGCGUUGGGAAGAUACGAUAUCCAAGAAUCAAAAACGCGCCUCCGUUCUGCUUUCUGACGUUUCACAAUCCAUCUCACAAUCCAUACCUCAAUCUAUCAUCCAAGCACUGGUAUCUCCCCCGCUGUCAGCUUCGUCCGAGCUUGCUCCUCCAUCAGGAUAUCAUAAUAGGAUCGAAAAACAGACCUCACUGGCAUCGGCUUCUUCGACAUCGUUACUAGACGAGGAUAUUCCUCCCGAGGAAUCUGGAGGGUCAUUGACACCCUUGUUGGAACCUUCGCCUGCUCCUUUCCCCGUCCUUUCUCCCACGAAAUUGGCCCCGUCAUCAACUGAACCCCAGCCCAAGUCUCCCAUGAAGAACAAGCUCAGUUCUUCACCAGCUGGAGUAACGAAUGCUGGGAAGACGAACAAAACAGGCUCGAAAUUCAUCUCCGCGGUAGCGAGUCAGGAAGACGACGACGACGACUGGAACUGGUAA